GGAUUCGACGAUGAAACUGGAGUUGUUCACGCGGACUCGUUCUUUCUAACCCCGGACAAACGCGAUACGACGGGGACCAAAUUCAAGUGGAUUCAAGCCAAAACUACUGGAUCUGUGCCUUCGAAACGUUGCAGUUCUACCCUCGUGGCUUGGACAGAGUCCGGCAAAAAUUCGGCUCUCGUUUUUGGAGGAGUUCAUGACGAUGAGGAACAAGAGGUUCUCAGUGAUUCAUCUGACGAAGAGGAAGAAGUUUCCACGUCGACGUUUUUCAACGACUUGUACCUUGUUGACUUGACGAAGCCUUCUUGGUCCCUAGUUGAGUUAAGUGGCCCGAGGGCAUUGAAGGAACACAAGCGUCGUCGGAAAGUUAAAGCAGCCGAGGGUGAAGCAGAAGAUGAAGCGACGAGUGAAGAAGAAGAAGAUGAUGAGGAUGGUGUUGAGGAUGCUACUGCUAAUGGUGGUGGCGGUGACCCUGCGCCAGUCGAAGAAGAGACAAAGACUGUUGAAGAUGGCAUUUUCACGAUCACAGUUGGUCCAAGCUUGAAGUCGGAUCCCAUGAAACCCCGUUCCGAUGGACCACAAGGUGCUGCAGCUGCAAUCCCAAUGUGCCAACCGUCUCCAAGGAUGAGCUCUGGGAUGACGAUCAAAAACAGUGUUCUGGAAAUACUUUUAUUUCGUUUGAAAAUGGCUGGUGACGAGGAAAUGGAUCACGAAGAAGCAGACACGCUCGCGCGUUUGAAACAGCGUAAGGCAAAACCGGGUGUUCACUAUGGGUCUAUCGAAGAAGCGGAACGCUUGCGAAUUUUGGCAAAAGCUGUCAAAAAGGCCGAAGCUGGGGAUAGCGAUGAAGACGAUGAAAAUGUACCUUCGACAGUGAACGUGGACGGCGAUGAAAUGGCCACCCCUUUUACCAAGGAUGAAUACAUGCAAUUGGAGAGCGCUGAGAACGAUGAGCGGAAAUCGCUUUUGGAAGAAUUUGAGCGCCGGAAACUCGCGCGUCAAAUCCACGUGUCGACGGUGGAUUCAGAAGUUCGAUUGCAACUGCGAGCCGUGGGAGAACCCAUGACUUUAUUCGGAGAAGGUCCAGCUGAUCGGAGGAAUCGCCUCAGGGACUAUUUAUCUCGUUCUGGUGGUUUGGAGGCCCUGAAGAAACUCAAGGGCAUGCUUGCACCUUUGGACUCGGCUGCUGAACGUCAGCGGGAAGAUGCUUUGGAUCAUAAAGUUACUUGGUAUCACGAGGGGCCAGUCGCUUUGAAAGAUGCCAGGGUUUUUCUUGCUCAUUAUUCAUUGCCCAGGGCUCGCGACCGAUUGUCAGCAGCGAAAGAGUAUCAAGGAUUACCCGAGACAGUGAAGCAAUCGAGGAAGCAAGAGAUUCAGAAGAAGCUGAGGAAUUAUGCCAUUCAAGCGUCUCAAAUCGGAGAUACGAGACCCGUUUCGUUUUGC